AUGUCUCUCAUUCCAAGAUUCUUUGGCAACAGACGAAGCAACGUUUUCGAUCCAUUCUCUCUUGAUAUUUGGGAUCCCUUUGAGGGCUUCCCUUUCUCAAGCUCGGUAGCCAGUGUGCCAAGCUCUGCCAGCGAAACCUCUGCAUUUGCUAAUGCUCGUAUAGACUGGAAAGAGAUUCCAGAAGUCCACAUUUUCAAGGCUGAUCUUCCGGGAUUCAAGAGGGAAGAGGUUAAGGUGGAGGUUAAAGAAGGAGGAGUGCUUCAGAUCAGUGGAGAGAGGAGCAAAGAGCAAGAGGAAAAGAAUGACAAGUGGCAUCGCGUGGAAAGGAGCAGUGGCAAGUUCCUUCGCCAGUUUAGGCUGCCGGAAAAUGCCAAGACAGAUCAGGUAAAGGCUAGCAUGGAGAAUGGUUUACUUACUGUGACUGUGCCUAUGGAGGAAGUGAAGAAGCCUGAGGUGAAAUCCAUUGAGAUCUUUGGAAAAAAAUAUGAUCCUACUAACACUUCAUUUACAAAGCGUAAUCAAUAA